AUGAGUGGUUAUUAUGAACGAGGCCCAUACAAACGUUACCUUACAGACGAUGACGCAAAAAUACCAGAAUCAACGUUACGUAGAAGACGCUUAGAAACAGCACAAGAACAAUCUCCACAGUCUGAUAGACAUGACAAUAAUAAAGAUGGAUGGCACGCAAACAAAUUAUUGAGUAGUAUCACUGAUAACUCAUCAUCAGAUUCGAGUACUGAUAUAUCUAAAAAUAAAGAAGCAGAUCGUCGCAGUAUAGAUGAAUCAACAUCAGUUUCAAGUACUAGUGAUAUGUCUGAAAAUAUAGAACCAGAUCGCAGCAGUAUAAAUGAUGACAGAUGUACCGAUCAAACUUCUGAUGAAAAUCUUGAUUAUGUAAGAGAGACCCAGGAAGAAAUAAAUAAUUGAAAUGAAUUAAUUUCCUUCAAGUAUAAUUAUGCAAUGUUAAUUACUAUUAAUUU